AUGACCAAUAUUCCCAACUCCGGCAUUGCCGAGAAUCGCCCAACAGCCUCCACAGCAAUGGGUAUGUUGCGGAAAGCUCCAGCCACAUCUCCAGUGCACAUCUAG